AUGUCGAAAAAUUUGGAUCAAUUGAUUGCGAAGGGUGAGUUUGUUUGGCGGGAAAUUUGAAAAUUUAAAUUUUUUUCUGAAAUUCUGAGAAAUUGCCACGUGGUUUUCGGAAUUUUUGAAAAAAAAAAAUGUUUUUUUGAAAUUUAAUUUUUUUUCUGAAAUUCGGGAAAAAUUGCCACGUGGUUUUCGGAAUUUUCGAAAAAAAUGUUUUUUUUUUGAAAUUUUGAAAUUUAAUUUUUUUUUUCUGAAAUUCUGAGAAAUAGCCACGUGGCUUCUGAAAUUUGGGAAAAAUUUUUUUGAGCAGAAUUUUUUCCGGCUCAAAAUUUGGGAGCUCUGAAAAUGCCACGUGGAUUUUCAGGUCUGAAAUUUUUGGAUUUUGAAUUUUUUAUAAGCUCAAAAAUUUUGACACGUGGUUUUUCGGAAUUUUUGAAAAUUUAAAAUAUUUCUGAAAUUCGGGAAAAAUUUUAGAGCUCUGAAAAUGCCACGUCGAUUUUCAGGAUUCGGAAAAAAUUUGAUUUCGCGCGAAAAUUUAAUUUUUGAAUUUUUUUCCAAAACUUUCCACGUGGAAUUUAAGAUUGAAAAAAUCAAAUUUGAAUUUUCAAACCCAAAAAAAAUUUCAGAAAUCCUUCCCCAAACCGACAACUGGGAAGCGACUCAAGAAUUCAUCGGAAGAAUUGUGGAGGUCAGUUUUUUUCGCUCUGAAAAUUCCAAAUCUGAAAAUUUGCAGGUUUUGCUGAAAUACAUUCGCGAUCAAAAUGAUCGCGGUCAAAAAAUUCUCGAAUUUCAUCAUCCCGACAAAAUGCAAAAAUUGAUCGAUUUAUCGAUUCCAGAAGAGGCUGAAAAUCUGGAAAAAUUGGUGAAGGUGAGCGCGAAAAAAAAACUUUCAAAAAAAUUUUUUUUUUUUUUUUUUUUUUUUUGAAUAACCAAAAAAUCUCAAGUAUUUUCCACUCAUUUCAUCAUAAAAAUUUUUCAUUUCCAAAAAAAAACACAUUUUUUUUGGAGUAGGAGAGUGGUUUUGAAUGUGUGCCCUAAGGGCGUCUUAAUGGGCCCCCAAAAAAUUUUAUAUGAAAAAAAAUUGGAAAAAAUUUUUUUUUUGGAGUGCGGAAUAGGAAGAGAGGGAUUUUUAGCGAAAAAAUUAAAAAAAAUUCAGAAAAAAAUUUAAAAAAAAUUUAAAAAUUCAAAUCACGCGGGGUGCUCGUCAACGCGGAGUGUCGUUGUUUUCCUUUCAUUACACAAUUUUUCAAUUAUCUUCUCUAUCUUACAAUUAGGCAAAAAAAAGAAAAAAAAAUUGAAAAAAGACAAAAAAAAAAAUGCAAAUUUAAACCACGCGCGUUGCCGUCAACGCGGAGUCUCGUAGUUUUAUUUUUUUUUUUCACUUUUUCACAUUUUCUUCCUCCCAAACCCGCGUGUUUCUUGCAGAGUUGCGAAGAUGUGCUUCGGUUGGGCGUCAAAACCGGCCACCCGCGCUUCUUCAAUCAAAUCUCGUGCGGUUUGGAUUUGGUGGCGAUGGCGGGCGAAUGGUUGACGGCCACCGCCAACACCAACAUGUUCACCUACGAAAUCGCGCCCGUCUUCAUUUUGAUGGAGAAGGCGGUGAUGACGAGAAUGUGGGAGGCGAUUGGAUGGGACGCCGAGAAGGCGGACGGCAUUUUUGCGCCCGGUGGCGCUAUUGCCAAUUUGUAUGCGUUGAAUGCGGCGAGACAUCAUUAUUUUCCGCGUGCCAAACAUUUGGGAAUGAAGGAUAUUCCGACGUUGUGCUGUUUUACCAGUGAAGAUGUGAGUUUGAAGCAUUUUGAUGUCUCAUAAGCGAUGAUGCAACUACGCUCUACAGCUAACACCGCGCAUUUUUGAAAAAUUCGAAUUUUUGAUAGAUUGAGUACGCUCUAUUGCUAAUUUGUUUGAAUCGCGCAAAUUCGCUCCACUGCAAAUAGCGUGAAUUUUUGAGAGAAGCGAAAAAUGUGCCUUAUUCAAAAAUACCGAUCUGCAAGUGCGCUCCACUGCAAACAAGGUGCAUUUAUUGAAAAAUUUGAAAAAUCCUAUUGCUAAUUUAUUUGAAACCAAACCAAUUUUGCAACUACGCUCCACUGCUAAUAGUGCGUAAAAUUCAAAAAACUACUAGGUCAACCCAUAGAGCGCACUUAUACUAAUUUUCCAGAGUCACUACUCGAUCAAAAGCGCAGCUUCCGUAUGCGGAAUCGGCGCCGAUCACUGUUUCAACAUUCCAACCGACGCAGUGGGUAAAAUGAUCCCCGAAGCGCUCGAGCAAAAAAUCAUCGAAUGCAAAAAAGAGGGGCUGACUCCGUUCUUCGUGUGCUGCACAGCCGGCACAACUGUGUACGGCGCGUUCGAUCCGUUGACACGUGUCGCCGACAUUUGCGAGCGACACAAAUUGUGGUUCCACGUGGAUGGCGCGUGGGGUGGUGGAAUGUUGUUGUCGCCGGAGCAACGACACAAGUUGGCUGGGAUUGAGAGAGCGAAUUCGGUGACGUGGAAUCCGCAUAAGUUGAUGGGAGCCUUGUUGCAAUGCAGUGCUUGUUUGUUUAGACAGGAUGUGAGUUAUGACGUGGCAACAAAAUGUGUUUUUGUAAGAAAAAAAUUUGAUAUUAAAAAUAACACGAACCGCAACGCAUCUCCCACGCGUCGCGGUCACUACAAACCUAAUUUCCAACCGAAACACCUCAAAGCCAUUUUGUUUUCCAACCGCAACGCAUCUCCCACGCGUCGCGGUCACUACAAACCUAAUUUUCAACCGAAACACUUCAAAUCCAUCUUGUUUUCCAACCGCAACGCAUCUCCCACGCGUCGCGGUCACUACAAACCUAAUUUCCAACCGAAACACCUCAAAGCCAUUUUGUUUUCCAACCGCAACGCAUCUCCCACGCGUCGCGGUCACUACAAACCUAAUUUCCAACCGAAACACCUCAAAACCAUCUUGUUUCCCGACCGCAACGCAUCUCCCACGCAUCGCGGUCACUACAAACCUAAUUUUCAACCGAAACACCUCAAAGCCAUUUUGUUUUCCAACCGCAACGCAUCUCCCACGCGUCGCGGUCACUACAAACCUAACUUUCAACCGAAACACCUCAAAUCCAUUUUGUUUCCCAACCGCAACGCAUCUCCCACGCGUCGCGGUCACUACAAACCUAAUUUUCAACCGAAACACCUCAAAACCAUCUUGUUUUUCAACCGCAACGCAUCUCCCAUGCGUCGCGGCUCCCACAAACUUUUGUUUUUGCAGGGUUUGCUCUUCCAAUGCAAUCAAAUGUCGGCUGAUUACCUAUUCCAACAAGACAAACCCUAUGAUUGCAGUUUCGAUACCGGAGAUAAGGCAAUUCAAUGCGGAAGACAUAAUGACGUGUUCAAAUUGUGGUUGAUGUGGAAGAGUAAGGUCAGUAUCAGUUGAGCGCGUUUGCUAAAAAUAAAUUUUUUAACUUUUCUGGGGUACCCUCCUUUAAAUUAACAAAAAAAACCUUUUUUGUGCAGGGAAUGGAGGGAUAUCGUCAACAAAUCAAUAGAUUAAUGGAUUUGGCGCAUUACUUCACUGCAAGAAUCAGUGAGACUGAAGGAUUCGAGUUGAUCAUCAAGAAGCCCGAAUUCCUCAACAUCUGUUUCUGGUAUGUUCCAUCGAAGAUCCGCCACCUGGAACCGGCUGAGAAAAUGGCACGAUUGGAGAAGAUCGCACCGAAGAUCAAGGCUGGUAUGAUGCAGAGAGGUACAACUAUGGUUGGAUAUCAACCAGACAAGCAACGACCAAACUUUUUCCGAAUGAUUAUUUCGAAUCAGGUGAGAAGCCGCGGACGAGGCGGAUCCUAGGCCAUAUAUAUAUAUAUUUUUUAGGCCAUUACACGAGACGAUUUGGAUUUCUUGAUUCAGGAAAUUGUCGACAUUGGAGAAUCGCUUUAA